AAAAGAAGUUUUCCCAAAUCUCGUUCUCUGAAGCAAAAGUCAUUAGAGAGAUUCUUCCUCCAUGGCGACCUACGAAAAACCACAGGUGUCCCCACCACAGGUGUUCCUCAAUUUUCGAGGAGCCGAGCUGAGGCAGAGCUUUGUCGCUCACCUGGAGAUGGCCUUGAUAAAGAGCGGAGUCAACGUCAGAAACGAUGGAAGGAUGAUGAUACGGGGUGUUGAAAAUUUAUUCCAACAGAUCGAGGAGUCGACAAUUGCGCUCGUGAUCUUCUCGAAAAGCUACACCGAAUCGAGGUGGUGCUUAGACGAGCUGGUGAAGAUUAAAGAGCUGGUGGAGGAAGGCAAACUCAUUGCGAUUCCCAUUUUCUACGAGGUGAGUCCAUCCCAUGUGAAGGAGCUUGACGGAGAUUUCGGACUUAACUUGUGGAAUCUAGGGAAUCGUACUAGUGAUUUCGACAGGCUCAAGAAAUGGAAGGAAGCUUUAGAUUUCAUUUCCUCAAAGAUGGGGCUCGUGUUCAAUGAGAAAAGAAACGAAUCUAUCUUUAUCCAUGAAAUCGUCAAGCAGGUCCAAAGGACUCUGACCAGUCUUGGCGUCCGAAACCCUGUUAGUAGUGCUGAUUGCGAUAGUGUUGGCUCACUCCAAGAAGAAAAGAAGCAAGAAAGCGAAAGCCAAAGCCAAAGCUCAAGCUCGACAGACCCAAAGCAUCAAGUGUUCAUCAAUUUCCGGGGAGCCCAGCUGCGUCAUAGUUUUGUCAGCCAUCUCGUGGACGCCUUGGAAAGGCACGGAGUCAGCUUCUUCGUAGAUGCAAACCAGUCGAAGGGUGAAAAACUUGAAAAAAUUUUCAACAGGAUCGAGGAGUCUAAGAUCGCACUCGUUGUCUUCUCUACCGGUUACACAGAAUCGGCUUGGUGCUUACAAGAGCUGGUGAAAAUCAAAGAGCUCAUGGACGAAGGCAAACUCGUGGCCAUCCCAAUCUUUUACAAGGUGGAACCAUCCCAAGUUAAGAAUCUGACUGGAGUUUUCGGUGAAAGCUUUUGGAAUUUGUGGCGUAUUCAACGGGAUAGCCAUAUCAUUAAAUGGAAGGAAGCUUUCAGGUCUAUUGCGUCCAAGUUAGGCUUCAACUUGAGCGAUCACGGUGGUAAUGAGAGUGAGUUCAUCACUCGUAUCGUCGAAGAAGUCCUACAUCUUCUGUCGCAGCGGCAAGGAGAAAACCCGUCUCUCGUUCCUUCCACAAAGAAACCAAAGCUUACUGAAUCGCCCACCACAGCAGAAAAGCAUGAAACGUAUCACAACGUUGGAAUGGAGCAAUUGGAGGAGAAGUUAGAGUUUGAUUCCAAUGAUACUCGAAUUAUUGGAAUUGUUGGGAUGGCUGGUAUUGGCAAAACCACCCUCGCAAUGAUGCUGCACGCAAAGUGGAACCGCAACUUUCUACGCUGCGUUCCUUUUCUGGAUAUCCGUAACAAGUCAGAGGAGCAUGGCCCAGUGUGGCUGCGAACGACACUCCUGGAACUUUUACUUGAGUGUAAAAUAGGUGACGAGUUAACACAUGGGUCUGUCAAAGCUGAACUACUCAAGACCAAGUUCUUCGCUCUUCUGGAUGACGUGAGCGACAAGGCACAGUUAAAGUUUCUCCUCGGUGAACGCGACUGGAUUAAGAAGGGAAGCAAGAUUAUUAUUACAACACGUGACAAGUCAUUGCUUGAGGGAUUUGCUGAUGAUUCUUAUGUGGUUCCAGGAUUGAACGAUGAUGAGGCCUUUCAACUCUUUAAAUAUCACGCCUUCAGUGAUAAACUCUGUAGUCCCACUAGUACCUUCCUGAGGCUCUCUAGAAUGUUCGUGGAUUACGCUCGAGGACACCCAUUGACUCUCACAUUACUAGGUAUGGAACUUAAUGGGAAAGGUGCGGAUGGAUGGGUGUCCAAAUUGGAAAUGGUGACACAAAGAUCCAGUGUUAUGUUUGCUAAUCAACUUGAACUUAGCGAGAAGCAGGAAGAUAUGUUUCUCGACAUAGUGCACUUUUUUCAAUCAGAGGAUGAGUAUUUUGUUAGGAGUUUACUAGAUUCGGGAGAUCCUGAUUCUACUGAUGCGGUGAGUGAAGUAAAAGAUCUCGUCAACAAAUUCCUGAUUACAACUGCUGACGGCCGAGUAGAAAUCAACGUUCCACUAUAUACGUUCUGUACCGACCCUGGUUCUCCUCGGUGGCUUAGGCUGGGGAACUUUGAAGAUAUCAUGAAGGAGCCAAUGAAAAUGAAAAAAACAGAUGCCAAGAAUGUAAGGGGUAUUUUCUUGGACACGUCAAAGUUAGAGAAGAGCAUUUGCUUGGACAUCUCAACCUUCACUGAUAUGCGCAAUCUUCGAUACAUGAAAAUAUAUGAUUCUUGUUGUUCUCGGCGAUGUAAAAAUCAAGACUGCAAAUUAUACUUCCCCGAUGGGCUUGAGUUCCCCUUGGAAGAGGUUCGAUAUCUCCACUGGGUGAAAUUUCCAUUGGAUGAGCUUCCACCGGACUUCAGACCGGAGAAUCUUGUUGACCUUAGGCUGCCAUACAGUAACAUUACACGUGUUUGGGAAGGCGAAAAGGAUACACCACGGUUGAAGUGGGUAGAUCUAAGCCACUCGAAUGAGUUGGUCGACUUGUCAGCAUUGUCAAAGGCUGUAAAUCUUCAAAGACUAAAUCUGGAAGGCUGCACGAGUUUGGAGGAGUUGCCGGUGGAGAUUCAGAAUAUGAAGUCACUUGUUUUCCUGAACCUAAGAGGAUGCAUAAGUCUGUGGUCUCUUCCGGAGCUGAAUUUAAGCUCUCUGAAAACACUCAUCCUCAGUGAUUGCUCAAACCUCGACGAGUUUCAGCUAGUUUCAAAAAGUGUAGAAUUUCUUCAUUUGGAUGGCACAGCAAUCAAAGGACUUCCUCAGGGUAUAGAGAACCUCCAAAGGCUUGUCGUGUUGAAUUUGAAAAACUGCAAAAUGUUGGAGUGUCUUCCCAACUGUCUGAGCAACCUGGAAGCUCUUGACAAACUAAUACUCUCUGGUUGUUCGAAGCUUAAGAAUCUUCCGGAUGUCAAGAAUAGCUUAAAACAUCUGCAGGUUUUACUUUUUGAUGGGACAGGAGCAAAAGAGAUGCCAAGCAUCUCAUGCUUCACUGGAUCCGAAGGCCCAGCGUCUGGAGAUGUGUUCUUACAAACUCUAGGAUCGCAUUGCAGCGUGAGAGAAUGGCCAUGCGGUGUUAACGUAGUAUACUCACUGCGGCGACUGUGUUUGAGUGGAAAUGAUUUUCUCAGCCUGCAACCUGAUAUUUGGAAACUUUAUAAUCUGAAAUGGCUCGAUGUGAAGCAGUGCAAGAAGCUGAGAUCUAUUCCAAUGCUUCCACCAAGACUUGAGUACUUUGACGCACAUGGUUGUGAUUCCCUUGAAAGAGUUGCAAAACCUAUAGCCUUUCUGAUGUUGUCUGAUCAGAGCCAUGCCACAUUCAAUUUUUCCAACUGCAACAAGUUGGAUCGAGAUGCAAAGGAUAAUAUCGUAUCUUAUACCCGGUGGAGAAGCCAGUUAGUGCUAGGUGAACUCACACUAUGCAGUGGGGGUUUAGUUUCAGAAGCACCGAUUGGAACUUGUUUUACUGGAUGGGAAGUCCCUGCCUGGUUCAGUCACCGAGCCUACGGAUCGUUGUUAAAGACCAAGCUGCCUCCACACUGGUGUGAUAAUAAAUUUACUGGGAUUGGUCUAUGCGCUGUUAUCGUAUUUGAUGGCUACCACAACCAAAGGAAAAGUGUCUUAUUGAAAUGUAAUUUUGAGUUUAAGAAUGAAGACGGGUCUAGUAACCGCUUUAGCUGCACGGUUGGAGGUUGGGGCGAACCAAUUGACACACCAUUGAAGCCUGUGUCGUCUCAUGUCUUUAUCGGCUUUACCAGGAGGAUGGAUAUCAACAAAAUUAGUGAAGAGGAUGAUAAAGAGAAAUGUGUUUCUACUAAAACCAUUAUUGAGUUUCAAGUGACAGAUGGUAUGGAAAAGAUCAAAGGUUGCGAGGUGGUGAAGUGUGGCUUUAGUUUGGUAUAUGCACCCGAAGAAAAGAGGAAUAUAUGUUCAGAUUUAAAGACUUUUUAGCUCCAAUAGAGGGUUGAGGUCUUCCGGUGAAGCAAAAAUACAAAAUAAGUUUAUCA